AUGGAAACUCCUACUCUCUCUGAAACCUUGAGGCUUGCUCCUGAUCUUCCUCAAGAAUCUUGGGACCGUAGGAUGGUCAUUGCCUUAUUUGAGAUUGGAUCCAUCUCUCUUUUCUUCUGGAGCUCUCUCCUUUCACUAAAGAACAGCAAUCAAAUAGCUGAACAACUGACUACACAAAAUUUUGAAAAUGUCUUAAAUAGAAUUAAACAUGUCCUUCAAAAUAUGACAGGUUUUGAAAAGACGACAGUUUCAAAAGGAUCUUUGGAGGGCACCAGUGUCCCUGAGGAUGUGUCAAAUCUUAAAGAGAAAAUCAGAGGACUUGAAAAAAUUAAUAAAGCCUUAUGUAGAAAUGUGCUUUCUAGUUUAGACUCAGAGAAAUUCCAGGACGCAAAGAAACAGGAAAAGAUAUUUGAAAAUCACAACUCCAAGGACAUGCCACAAAUUUUUGCAAGAGAUUUGGCAAAUCAUUCAGAAGGAAAGAGAACAUAUAAUGAAAUUGAAAUAUGUAAAGAGAAACCAAAAUAUGGGUUACAUCAAGAAGAAAAUAUAAAAUUUAGGAACAGCAUGGAGAAGUUACUACAAAAAGCAGAGCACUGGAGUGAAGAACAUUCUGAACUCAGUGGACUAAUAAAAUCGUAUCAGCAAUCUCAGCAUGAUCUAAGAGAAUUUCUGGGAAAGAAUGAGGUCCAUGUCCAAGACAAGCCAAGGAAAGUGUCAGUUAAUGAUGAGAUGGAGAAACAAGUGAAGAAAUUGGAACAAAAUACCUACUCAUUACAAUUGACUGCAGCUUUACUAGAGAAUGAGUGCCAGAACUUACAGCAGAGAUUAGGGCUUCUUAAUGAACUCCAGGAGAAACAGCGAAUUCAAACAGGCUAUGCACAGCGCAAGAAAGAACAGACACCAUCAGAAGCCAAAAAACCAGUAGAGACUUACAGGCAGAAAUUGAUGGAAAUGGCAAGUACACCUCAGAAGGGAGACAGCUGUCAUGUAAGACUGGAUGUUUUCCGUAAUAGGAAAGCUCACAACAACCUGCUCAAUUCUUGUAUUGCAAGAAGAGGACGUGGGGCAAAAAAGAGAUCAGCCAGUAGACCAAAUAAGAACACUUUCAAGUGA